AUGCCGGGACGUGAGCCACCAGCUCCUCGCGGAGGUGCCCAAACCUCGAUGUCUGUCCGCAGAGUCGCUGCCCCAUACGCAUCACGCCGACCACCAGGCAGUAACCCGGCACGACCGGGAUCAGCUACCGGGCAACGCACUGGUGCCGCCCUUCCUACCACCACCACUACCACAGCAAGCAGGUCGGGCCAGAGAUCCCCGGUACCGGCGGAGGCAGCCCCAGCUUGUCCUUGCUGCGCUGCGUGCCUAAAGGCGUUGCAGGAGGUACUGCACGCGUACAAUGCACUGCUGCUCAACUCAAAACGGCUUUUCAUAGACGACGCACUGCACCACUACAGCGGUGACGAAGCGUGGAUUCGCGUAUUGCGCUCGUUGGGCUGGUCCAAUGGGCAGGCUCCAGCAAACGGCGUGGAAAGGCGAAGUGAUCUCACCCAGAGGUAG